AUGGUAACAGCCCCGCGUUGCCACGGCAACGGCCCGUGCCUUCCGGCGGCGGCCGGAAGCGGGGCGGUUUGCGGAAGCAUGGCCCCGCCGUGGGCUCCGGCUCCGCUCCCGGCCGCCGCUGCCCUCACGCUGCUGCUGUCACUCGGUGCCUCCGCGCCCGGGCUGCUGCGGGGAGCUCCCGCUGCCCGCUCCGCUGCCGCGCUGCGGCCCGCGGCCUUGCGCGCCGGGGAAGUCUACAGGUUGAUUACCUACAUCUUUGUCUAUGAAGACCUGAUAUCCCUGACCUGCGGUGCCAUUAUCAUCUGGUAUUUUGCUGGCAGCUUUGAGAAGAACGUGGGCACUGUGAAGCACUGCUUCCUCACCGUCGCUUUUGCUGUCCUCUCUGCCCUCCUCUACCUCUUACUCGAGCCCGUUGUCUCGAGGCUGUCAGAGGUGGAAGACGCCGAAGGAUUCAUGCCAGUAGCUUUUGCUAUGCUGGGUGUCUCCACCACCCGCUCACGGAUGAAGAGGACUCUCUUUUUUGGGGUUAGAGUCCCGGUGGUGCUGGUGCCAUGGUCUAUGCUCUGCAUUGCAUGGUUUAUCCCUCAUUCUUCUCUCUUGAGUAACCUGUGUGGGCUCUUAGCUGGGGAAGCCUAUGGGCUUGGCUACUGUUUCUGCUUGGAUUUUCCAGAGUCGGUGGGCUCUAGGCUGGACCGGGUGUUCCCUUUCAGCCUGCUGAAGAGGAUACCAGGGCUGAAAUAUAUCCCAGGGUCCUCAGCAGAGAGAAGAGCCUUGGAAAGCAGCAAGAUUAACCCUUCACCAGGCACUUACCCAACCCAAAGCUACUACUGCGCUUCGCCUCCGGCUUUUCCUACUUUCCAGAUGCAGCAUCCCAGUGUUCACAGUCAGGGGUUUCAACACAGCUGUGCUCCAGGCUAUGGUGAGGGAUCUCAGCACAGCCACACUGCAGGGCACAGCCUCAUGUCUUCCUCCUACCAAGCCAGAGGUGCCUCUGGAGGGUGCUACAUGCAGUCCCACACUGGAGCCUUGCCUGGACAGUGCUGCCAGUUCUCCCCAUCAUCGCACACAUGCCUGACUGACCCACAGACACUUGCAGGUCCGAUGCCCCCGGCUGGUGUUCAGCAAGCACUGGGGUAUCCAGCACCCACAAGGGCUCCUGUUCCAGCUGAACUUUCAGGGGUCCAGGUGUACUGAUCCUCCAGAAAGCAGCAGGACUCUUGUACCAUGCAGGACCAUUGUGCAGCAGUGCAUUGCUGGCAUCUUUGCUGUGUCUGGGGUAACUGUGGAGUGGGUUAGUAGGUCCAGCGUAGACCAUUCCCCUGCCCCCUGGCCCAGGAGGCUUUAUUAUAUUUCUUUAAUAAUUAUUUUUUUAACUCUUUUGGAUAUUGCUGGGGGUGGGACUCAUUUCUGUGUUUCUCAUCCUUUUGGAGUCUUGUUUUCAUUGCUGUAUUUAGCAGCUGCCUUUUUCCAUGCUUCCACUCGAGCUGUAGUGCAUCAGCUCCCUGACUCAAGCUAGGAACCCAGUUGCCAAAACACUGGACUAAUCUGGGGUUUAACUAGGCUGCAGUGUUACGACGUGCUCCAUCUCUUAGCCUUAAUCUCCUAUCUUGUUUACAGACCCUAAAGAGGUUUAAAUCAUGAAAGCCUUGGUUUAUAACUCAAUAUUUGAGUGAAGGACAGAUGUCUUUUCUACCAGUGGCUUCUCCACUAAGAGUGUGCCUUGAAGGGGGCUUGUUAAACCAGGGUGGGCAAGAGGGCAUAAUACAGAGCAUCCCUUUCUGCCCCCCAAAACACAGCUCUGAAAUGCUGAAGGUCCUUUUUAGCUGCAGUCUGUGCAUGCAUCAAAAUGUUGCCUUCAUUUUCUGACAGCCCUGUGCUAGCUCAGCCUGUGUGCCUCUUCAGUAAGGGUUUUUUGGCAUUUGUGAGGCAAAUGUGUAUAAAUCCAAGGAGCUGGGAGGGACCAUAACAGUGGGUUAGAAGAAUUGACUGGAAUGUGGCAAUGCCAUUGGGGGUGUUCACACAGCUCAGCUUUAGAUGUUUCACCCACCAAUAUUAGCACAAUCUCUCUCUGUUUUCUUCAGAGCUGAUGGAAAGGGAUAGGGGAGGUUUCAGCAAAGGAUUCAAAGCAGGAUGCAGUGUUUGGUGCCUGUGGCAGUAACAAAGGAUGUUGGUUGAAUAGGUGGGACUUGAGCUUUAUUUCCAGCUGUGUGGCUGCUUUACUGUGCCAUGCCCAGGAGGAAUCUGUGCUCUCUUAUUUGGAAGUUAAAAGCAUGGUUUUGAUGUCAGGAAGGAAAUGCUAUAGAUAACAUUAGCAUCUUGAUACUCCACUCUUAGUGCCUUGGUUUUCCUCCUUGUGAGAUCCUUGCCUGCAAACCUAAGAAUUUUAUCACUGUUCAUUCCAGAAACCUGCUGGAAAGGUUGAUGAGGACUAGUAGCAAUUGCAAAUGAUGUAUACCUCCAAACUGGAAGCUUGAAACACAGUCUGAAAGACAAA